AUGGUCAAGGGAGAGAGAUACGGAACGGGUCCGGAAUCCGGAGCAGGCCCAGGCCGAAAAUGGAAAGAGCAGGAGCCAAGCACGGACACAACCAAACUUCAGCAGUCAGAAGUUCAGAACUCGGUCGUGCCUGAGGAAAGAGCAAUGGGCAGCUUCAAUGGUGAGAUGAACUCGAAUCUCAACUUUGAAGGAAGGAGGGACGGGAACGAGAGCAAGAACCUUUCAUCAGGCAUCCAUCUAAGCCAUUCUCCAUCCAGCAUCGCGACCAUGAUGAACCCCCAGUGCCACGGCCCCCCCGGCCCCCCGGCGCAGCACCAUCAUGACACGCUGCUCUCAACUUCUUCACCGACCCCUUACCUAGGCAGGUCCCCAGGGACCCAGGCUGCCAUGCGCGCCAGGUCUCCAACUGGUUUCUCCAGCGCCUAA